AUGUCUACUCCGGCCAACGGUGUCAACGGCACCUCUGGUGGUCUUUCCGCCAACGACAACAUCACACGGUUCGCUGCGCCCAGCCGGCCCCUGAGCCCUCUCCCCGAGCACGCCCUCUUCAGCGACAAGACGAGAUGUCUCGUCUACGGUCUGCAGCCCCGUGCCGUCCAGGGCAUGCUGGAUUUCGACUUCAUCUGCAAGCGGGCCACUCCCUCGGUUGCCGGUAUCAUCUACACAUUCGGUGGCCAGUUCGUCAGCAAGAUGUACUGGGGAACCAGCGAGACCCUUCUGCCUGUCUACCAGCAGGUCGAGAAGGCCAUUUCCAAGCACCCCGACGUUGAUGUCGUUGUCAACUUUGCUUCCUCGCGAAGUGUCUACACCUCAACCAUGGAGUUGAUGCAAUACCCCCAGAUCAAGACCAUCGCCAUCAUUGCUGAGGGUGUGCCUGAGCGUCGUGCACGAGAGAUUGCCCAUGUCGCUCGCAAGAAGGGUGUGCAAAUCAUCGGACCGGCCACUGUUGGUGGUAUCAAGCCCGGUGCUUUCAAGAUCGGUAACACUGGUGGUAUGAUGGACAACAUUGUUGCUUCCAAGCUCUACCGCAAGGGUUCCGUUGGUUACGUCUCCAAGUCUGGAGGUAUGUCCAACGAGCUGAACAACAUCAUUGCCCAGAACACAGACGGUGUUUACGAGGGUAUUGCCAUUGGUGGUGACAGAUACCCCGGCACCACCUUCAUUGACCACAUGCUCCGCUACCAAGCCGACCCUUCCUGCAAGAUUCUGGUCCUGCUUGGUGAGGUUGGUGGUGUUGAGGAAUACAAGGUCAUUGAGGCCGUCAAGAAGGGUGUCAUCACCAAGCCCAUUGUUGCUUGGGCUAUUGGUACUUGCGCCAGCAUGUUCAAGACCGAGGUCCAGUUCGGUCACGCUGGUUCCUUUGCCAACUCCCAGCUCGAGACAGCUGCCAUGAAGAACAAGCAGAUGAAGGAGGCCGGUAUCCACGUGCCUGACACCUUCGAGGACCUGCCCGUAACCCUCAGGAAGGUCUACGAGAAGCUGCUCAACGAGAAGACCAUCGUUCCCCAGCCCGAGCCUGUCGUUCCCAAGAUUCCCCUCGACUACUCGUGGGCUCAGGAGCUUGGCCUCAUCCGUAAGCCUGCUGCUUUCAUCUCCACCAUCUCCGACGACCGUGGCCAAGAGCUUCUGUACGCCGGCAUGCCCAUCUCGGACGUCUUCAGGGAGGACAUUGGUAUCGGUGGUGUCAUGUCUCUUCUGUGGUUCCGUCGUCGUCUGCCCGACUACGCCACCAAGUUCUUGGAGAUGGUUCUCAUGCUCACUGCUGACCACGGUCCCGCCGUGUCUGGUGCCAUGAACACCAUCAUCACUACCCGUGCCGGCAAGGACCUGAUCAGCUCCCUGGUCGCCGGUCUUCUCACCAUUGGUUCUCGAUUCGGUGGUGCCCUUGACGGUGCCGCUCAGGAGUUCUCGUCGGCCUCGGACAAGGGUCUCACCCCUCGUGACUUCGUAGACAUUAUGCGCAAGCAGAACAAGCUCAUCCCCGGUAUUGGUCACCGUAUCAAGUCGAGGAACAACCCCGAUCUCCGUGUCGAGCUUGUCAAGGAGUACGUGUUGGCCAAGUUCCCCAGCCACAAGCUGCUCGACUACGCUCUUGCCGUCGAGACCGUGACCACAUCCAAGAAGGACAACCUGAUCCUGAACGUUGACGGUUGCAUUGCCGUGUGCUUCGUUGAUCUCAUGCGCAACUGUGGUGCCUUCAGCCCCGAGGAGGCUGAGGACUACAUGAACAUGGGUGUCCUGAACGGUCUGUUCGUGCUGGGUCGCAGCAUCGGUCUGAUUGCCCACUACCUGGACCAGAAGAGACUCCGCACUGGUCUCUACAGACAUCCUUGGGAUGACAUCACAUACCUGCUGCCCACCCUUGCGGGUGCCGGGCCGGUCGGUGAGGGUCGAGUUGAGGUUUCCGUCAAAUAA